AUGCUUGGCCUGACGCCGGCACCUGUUGAUGGCCUGAUGCCACUGACCCGAUUUGGACAACCUCCCUCCCUGACUCUCGGACUUGACACUUUGAAAAAAGUUUCACGAACCACAACCGUCAAGACAACUAGUCCAAAGAUGGAACCGCUCACCAUCUCCUUCGUUGGCAUUACGGCCGAUAAUCACCUCGUUGUUUUACUUUCACGCUCAUCCACUAUGUCGAAUCGCCCAUCUUUGUCAUCGUCAAUGGGUCCUCCCAAACCUUCCAGCCGAUUGAUCAACACUCUUGCUCAGCUUGUUCACGCUCAACCCAGACCACCACCUCAACCACCUCAUCAGCCACCUCCAUUCGGCUAUCCCUACCAAUACCCUCCUUACCUUUAUCCUGCUCCACCACCACAUCGUGACACCUGGCAAUAUCCUUACUUCCAAUCACAUACUUAUCCCCAGGCCCCAUUCGAAGGACAGUACCCGUAUAUGCCGGAUCCUGCAGGAUCUACUCUACCGCGAAAGAACGUCAUAGAACAGUCCACUCCUGAUUCCAGCGUUAUCAAUCCCGUCCUCAGCUUACCUACCACCAAAGCAUAUCUGACCACAUCGACUCCAAUUUCCACAACUGAACCGGCACCGGCUGCUGAACAUGAAGCCGUAGCAGACUUAGGCCAAGACGUUGUUGAUGUAGCGCAGGAUAAUGUGGAUGAUCUCGAUGACAAUGAGAUCAUUGACUUGCUGGCAGAGCGAGACGAGGAUUGGCCUCCAAUAGGUCAGUUUCAUUACUAA